AGCUGGGUAAUUUCCGGCUAAAAACAUGGCGGACGAUAAGGAUUCUCUACCAAAAUUGAAAGAUCUUGCUUUUUUGAAGGAUCAGUUGGAAAGCUUGAAACGAAAAGUUGAAAAUGAGGUACAGGCUGGAGUGGGGCAGGACAGUUCUUGGCUGGCCUCUCCAUUUCUCAAAGGAUUUCUUGCUGGAUUUGUUGUAGCCAAACUGAGAUCUUCUGCAGUCAUAGGCUUCUUGGCAGGGAGUUGUACCGGAGUGUUUGCUGCUCAGACAUAUGCAAUUCCUGAUGUUGAAAAGACAAUCAAAGACUACUUCAGUUCAUUCAGGAAAGGAUCAGACUAGAAGAUGCAACAAUAUUCAUGCAACUGUUCACUCCAGGAAAAAAAAAGCAUCUUUUAGCAUCUCAUCUCUUUCAGUUCUACAUAGGUCAGACAUGUUUGACUUCUUUGGCUCCACUUUUGGCAUUCUUAUUAACUGGAAAAGUGUUUUAUAAUGGACAAAUCAUAACAUUUCAGCAGGUCUGCUUAAAAUAAGGUUCACAGUUCUGGGAUGAAACUGAUGUUGCUGCUUCAGCUGUCCUGGGGCUUAGAUCAGAUGAGAGUCUGGGUUUGGACAGCCACGCAGUCUCUCUCUACUGGAGUGAAAAGCAGCUGUUACAGCAUGCCUGCUAUAAACGUGCUGAUGCCAGGAAACAUGGCGUGAGAUAGCAGCUUUCCCCUAAUCAUGUAUAUGUAUUAUACUGACAUAUGCAUUUCAUUUGUAUCCUGUUUUGCUGAUUUGAAUCCUUACUUGUGCAACAUCUAUGUUUGCCACAAAAGUGAUGUGGAUUUCUUCUUUAAAAACAAAACAUUUUUUCUUCCUAAGUUAAAAAGUGAUCCUUCCCUUUUCUCUGCACAUCCUGAAAAUUCAUUAGAGGUCACUGAAUAUUGGUUGCCUUGUUGUGGCUGUAAUUGUUGGGAUUGUACUAAGUGGGUGCUGCUGAUCCUGACUGUCACUAUCUCUACUUCCUUUAUACCACUUUUUUAGUUUUAAAAAUGGGUAGAUUUCCUUCAUUGUCACCUCUGUGGUACUUUUAAUUGCUUUGAAGAAAUCAUUGGUAUCCUAAUUCUUAUUCUUGCACCAAAGACUGAUUCAGCAUAGGCAACUUGCCCUUAUAUCUGGGAGCCCCGUAUGCCCAUGGAAGCCCGCAGUACCCACCGUAUGGCCUCUCUUUGGCUGCAUGUCACUCAGUUUGAUCUUCCAACCAUCUUUCUAGGUUGUGUGCUUUUGGUUAUUUCAGCUGCUUGUACUGAAACUGUACUGAAGACACAAGGUCUUCCUCAAUCUCCAGAAUCAGUUUCUUUUUUCAUGUAUUUAUUUAUUUGUUAAAUUAGCUUUUGCUUAGGAACUCAAGACAGUAUACAACGUGCCCUCCUCCCAUUUUUCCACACAGCCAUAACUCUGUGAGGUACAUUGGGCUAAACGAGAGUGACUGGCCCAGAAAUCAUCCAGUGAGCUACUCUCGGUCAGUUGUUCACCAUACACUAAAAGAAGAGCUCUCUUCUUUUUUUGUUUUGCUGAAUGUGAUAAUUGAUCUGUCAAGAAGCUAAGCGAUUUGAUCCCUAGGAGGUUUCUCAUUUGGGUAUAUUUAUUGUAUACCAAAUCUGUCCACUAAAUAAGGAUGUGCGUGUCUAUGCAUGUAUGUAUGUACCUGUAUGUGUAUGCACACUAAGAAGGCUGUCAAAACCAGGCUGCAAAACCCACACAGCCACCAGGUGGCAACAAAGAGAUUUGGUGGCUUCUUGCACCGGAUUCUCUCUCUGAUGUAGAUACAGAGAGCUACCGUAUCUAAGCUGCAAAAUAUGGAUGAACCCUGGAUGGCAGCAAAUCUUGUGUAAGAUAUCAUUGAAUCAAAUCUUUUCAGAUAGUUCAAAGCAUAUUGUGGACGGAACAGGCCCAAAUAAAGCAUCAGACUUUAUGUAAUUCAAUUCUGUUUCAUACAAGAUCCUCUGCCAGAUACAGAAUAUAUGGUUUGUGGUGGUCCAAAGUGGCAUGAGGAGUGUAUGCCCUCUCUUUUCUAUAUGAUACUUUGUUUUUUGGUAUGGAUCCACACCUUCACAAAGCUGUUGUACCCCCAAAAUCACUGGAUUAUACAUUACAGUUUUCUCUUGUAGACUACACUAUCCUAGGAAAGUGGAUAUAUCAUGUAGGCCCAAAGGAUUGCAUACCUUCAGUUUCUUACUAAUCUAUAGUGUAUAAAAAUGACCAUUUGAGUGGAAUUGUUUAUCAAAAAGUUAUGAUCACUCUCUAAGAUAAUGUACUCCAAAGCAGUUUCAGCUUUAUUUAAAUUACCAAUUAAGCUCUUCCAAACUUUAACCCCUUUAACCCCUGAUGAAAAAAGCAGAUUCUUGUGUAGAAGCCCACUUUUUUGCCACAUGGGGUAAAAAUGCCUGGAACUUUCUGUUUGCUAGAUCUUCAUUCCACAAGACAAUAAGUAAAGUUCGUUUUGUUUUUUUAAUGUGUGGCCAUGAUUUUGCAGAAUCUGCUAUAAUAAUAAGAAAGUGGGAUCUUAGAAAGCAGUCUUCCAUUUUCUGGCUACCUAAUGACCAGAUUUCUGAGCCUUCAGAAGGGAGGAAUUUAUGUUUUAUUUGUAAGUACCACUAGAAUUUUGUCUCCAGAUUGCCCAUCUCCAUCCCGGUAGCUUUUUAAUCAUACUUGGGGUUGAAUUGGAAGGGUCAGCUCACCCAAGUGCCGGUUAACCAUUCUCUGAAGGGGGUAUUUUAUUUUUGCUCUUUCCUAGAGGUUUGCUCUAACACAAAUGUCUUAUAAAUGUUAUAGGUGAUUAAGUGCCUUUUGCAGAUUGUUUUUGUUCUGUGUUACUUGCUCCUAUAAAGAAUCUGUUGCUCCCAGAUAGUUCCCAAGAACAGAUACAGAUUUCUGAAGCAAUAACAAAACACAGUUAUUUUCUGUUCCCUAAAGUUUGCCUAACUUUUCUUUCUUGGAUUUGCUAAAUAUGUAACAAGUUUAAGCUAAUAAUAUACAUGCUUACUUUUCCAAAUGAUGCUCUGCAAUGUUUUCAUUUAAAUUCAAGAAUGUAAUGGUAAUUUGAAUUCUUUUUUGGCCAAGUAGCUUCAAACUUUCUCAAGUUAUUUCUUUAUUAUUUUGAGUAUCAGAUGAGAUUUUGUUAUCAUUAGCAUUUCUAUGGUUCUGUAGCCAAAUUAAUUAAUAAUUGCAGACAAUAAUUGCAAAUAUGGUUGUACGGUAAUUCCAUUUAUACUCUCCAAAUGCCACCAGUGUAGAUUUCCAAAAAAAGUAUUAUGUUCCUUUUUCUGAUAAAUACUUGGUUUAUCUUUAUUAUUCUUGAUCUCUGAUAAACCUAACAAAAUAGGAUAAUUAUCUAAUGUUUCUUUUUCUUUUUUCACUGCAGUUAGUCUUUCACAUGUGUGGAAUCAUCCCUUCUAGGGUUUUUGUUUUUUGUUUUAACUUUUGUUAGGAUUGAAUCUGGUUUGGUUCCGUGUCCAAGUUCAGUGUCACUGAACAAUGUCUAAACUGGAAUAUGAAAAUGUUUACUGUUUGAAUUGUAUUUUUGGUCAUUUGUUAUAAAGGAAACUAUUAAGAAUUUUGUAAAAUAAUUGAUUACACCUUGCCUUGAAAACUGCAAAGGACUCGUCCAAAAGCAGUCACUGCAGAGUCGGUAACGACUGAGUGCAGAUUAAAAAAAAAAAAAUUGAUCAGUGACUGGUUAGUAAUAAUGAGAUUCUUUUAUCACCCAGCACUAUUUGCUUAGCUUCAAAAGUUAUUUAAAAACUUGGGAAGAUGGAGCAGACCUGAUAUCUACCAAAUGCACUACUGAAAACUGACAGCUCCAUUAUAUUUACUUGCCAUCAUUACUUAGGAUAGGGUUUCUCAACCUCAGCAACUUUAAGAGAAGUGGACUUCAACUCCCAGAAUUCCUCCAGCCAAUAUGUCCACAUGUCUUAAAGUUACCAAGUUUGAAAACACUUAUUCAACCUAUUCAAUUUUUCUCUAGUACAUGGGACGUGGGACUUAUCCAAGGGCUCCACAGUGGAUGCACCUGGCCCAAAUCAGCCUCCACCAUUCAAUAUCAGGUCCUCUCUUGCAGAUCAAUAUCAUCAAUAAAAAUAAUUUCUUUUC